AUGACCUUCUCUCUCCCAUCGUCCGGUCAGAGGGGGCCCACCCGACGCGACGCCUCCGACGUCGACGCCUUCUGCACUCUGAGAACUCGCGCUCCCUCCGACGCGACGCCUUCGUCGCCGCCUCCGACGCCGACGACGAAGGCCCACCUUAGGGACGAGGUUGGGAGGUUGGGAGAGGGCAUUUUUUCUUUUUGGUCUAAGGCGGCAGCUCGCAAGGUGAAGGUGGCUGCCGCAGCCGCCAAGCCCAAAGCAGCUGCGAAGCCGAAAGCUACGGCGGGUGUGAAGAGAAAGGCGGCCGAGAAGCCGAGGUUGACACCCGAGAAGAAAGCUGUGGAGAAGGUUGCCGCCGCGAAGCUGAGGAAGACGCCGGUGAAGAAGGCCAAGAAGUGA